AUGCGGACUCAGGAUUUGAAGGUCGUGGUGCACUUUUGGAUUCAACCAAAAUUUGCUUUGUUCGCCUCUGCAGUUUUAUCAUCUCUUCUGACUCUGAACAUCAAAUUAAGCCAUUUUGUGUUUUGUGAGACAAAGUUCGUAGGCAAAACGGAUAUUCAAGAAAGGAAACAAGAUCUUGAGGAGUGUCCACAGGUUCCCAACUCAAGAAAUGAGAGAAAAUCUGAUGAGUUUUUCGAAGAAGUGAAGAAGUUAUUGGCAUUGGCAGGGCCAUUAAUGUUAGUAAAUCUUCUGUUAUAUUUCUUACAAGUAAUCUCUCUUAUGUUUGUCGGUCAUCUCGGAGAGCUAGCUCUUUCUGGUGCUUCUUUGGCUACUUCUUUUGCCUUUGUGACUGGCUACAGCUUGUUGGUGGGAAUGGGAAGUGCACUGGAGACACUUUGUGGUCAAUCAUAUGGAGCUUUGCACCAUUACAUGCUUGGCAUUCAUAUGCAAAGGGCAAUGUUUGUUAGUCUUUUAGUCAUCAGUAUACCUAUUGUUUGUAUUUGGGCUAAUGCAGGACAUAUUCUUGUAAUCUUGAAACAAGAUCCUGAAAUAGCAGCCGAAGCAGGACUUUAUGCACGCUUCAUGAUACCGAGCAUCUUUGCCUACGGAUUGUUAGAAUGCCAGAUUAGGUUUCUACAAGCUCAAAACAAUGUCCGGCCCAUGAUGUUAAGCACAGGAAUCACUCUGUUGUUGCAUGUUUUUAGUUGUUGGAUUUUCGUGCUCAAAACCGGACUUGGUAGUAAAGGUGCUGCUCUAGCUAAUGCUACAUCUUACUGGAUUAAUGUGUUCUUGUUAGCUGCGUAUGUUAGGAUAUCGCCUUCGUGCAAAAGUACUUGGACUGGAUUCUCAACUAAAGCAUUUACUGAUAUCCCAAGAUAUCUUAGAUUAGCCAUUCCUUCAGCUCUUAUGAUAUGCUUGGAGAUAUGGUCAUUUGAACUGAUGGUGACUUUGUGUGGUCUUCUUCCUAAUCCAAAACUAGAAACUUCAGUUCUUUCAACCAGCCUUAAUACAUCUGCGAUGUUACAUAUGUUGGCUGAAGGACUAGGUGGGGCUACAAGCGUAAGAGUUUCUAAUGAACUGGGAGCUGGACAACCAAAAGCAGCUCGUCUUGCAGCACGUACUGCAACGAUCUUAGCUACCAUAGAAGGGAUUCUACUAGCUAUAAUCAUGGUUUCGAUUCGUAAUGUCUGGGGCCAUUGCUACAGCAAUGAAGAAGAUGUAGUGAUAUAUGUAGGGAAAAUGUUAAUUCUUCAUAGGUGGGCUGGGUCCCACUUCCUCGAUGCACAUAAAUCCGUAUUUUCAGGUAUUGCUAGAGGGUGUGGGUGCCAAAAGAAAGGCGCAUUUGUCAAUUUGGGAGCUUAUUAUCUGUGGGGAAUACCUGCUGGUGUUGUGUUAGCUUUUGUCUACCAUCUUGGAGGAAAGGGACUUUGGUUGGGAAUCAUUCUGGCCCAUUCUGCACAAGCACUGAUUUAUUUAGUUGUUAUUCUGCUAACAGAUUGGGACAAACAGGUAAAGCUUGGUUUUUGCUCAUUCUGAGGCUUGUUUCAAUCUCAAUCACCAAUUUAUGCAGCUACUUUCAUUGAGUUAGCUGUUCUACUUUUCUCAUUUCUUUGUUUUUCUUUGAAAUAUUAAGAUCAAGGAAUUAUUGUUAAUAACGCAUGUCUGCUAUGAAGGGGAGCCUUGGCGUAACUGGUAAAGUUGCUGCCAUGUAACCAGGAGGUCACGGGUUCUAGCCGUGGAAACAGCCUCUUGCAGAAAUGUAGGGUAAGGCUACGUACGAUAAACCUUUGUCGUUUGGCCCUUCCCGGACCCCGCGCAUAACGAGAACUUAGUGCACUGGGCUGCCCUUUUUUAAUGCAUGUCUGCUAUGUUUUUUGUAGGCAAUGAAAGCAGCAGAAAGGGUGACUCAAGAAUCUGCAGCAUAGAAUCUCAUUUAUCAUUGUUUAGAAUAAUUGGAUGUGAUGUAUUAGAUUUAGUUCAAUGGGUUUUGUGUUUGUUCUUUGCCAAAACAAAAUUCCUUAUGAGUUUGGAUAAAAUUGUAACUAAAACAACUUUGCCUCUGGUGGGAUAGUUAAAAUAUCUACUUGAUAAUUGGUAAGUUUGAAUGUCUAUCCAUGUAUUUCUCCAAACUUCUGAGGUGAACAUUGAUGUUAUUGAGCGAAACCGACAUUCACUACAAUAACAACACUUGCUACGCCUCAAUCCCAAACAAGUUGAGGUCGGCAGGACAAAAUACAUUUCAACCCCUGCUUAUUUUUCUUCCACUGGCAUGUUUUUUUUUUUUUUUUU